AUGUUAUCUGCGAUUGUUAGCAUAGCCUUGGAAAAAUAUCCCCCAUCUUCACUCUGCUAGUUUGGUCUAGUCAAAAUGGCGAGCCUCGUAUAGGGGUCGAGUGUGAUUUUGAUGUCACAUUUUCAUCAUUUCUGGACCGGUUUAUUCUCUGCCUUGUGAGCUAUCCUAACAAACAUGUUCACAAGCGGAGCUCUGCGUGCGGCUCUGAAAACCUCCGCCGGUGUUUUCAGAGACAGCUCCGCUCUGUGCUCUGCUCUGACGGGGAGAGCCUGGACACGCAGCUCGGCUCUACUAGCAGCACCCAGAGCCGCCUGUGUCGCAGGUAGCUUUGCUGUUCCACCACCUGUGAGACAUUAUGCUCGAGCUCCGAGGAGAAAGGAUAAGGGGAUUGUAAGCCAGCUCAGCGAUCUCCCUCCUACAAUGCUGAAGAUGGAUUAUGCAGAUGUGCCCCUCGCUCAAACGACUGACGAUCUUGUCAAACGACUUCUGUCAUUGGAGUUAGCGAGUCAUAGUGACAAGCUGAAGCUGAAAAAGGAACAGCUGAUUGCUAAAGUCCAGAGGGAUAAGAACGACCGCAGCUCAGUGGAAGUCAAGGUGGCUGUUCUGACCGCAAGAAUCCGAAACUUUCAGGAACACUUGCAAAAGCAUCGCAAGGACAAAGCUAACAAGAGGUGGAUGCUCAUGGCCAUUGACCGGAGGAAAAAACUGUUGAAGAACCUGAGGCUGGUUAACUACGAGUCGUUUGAGAAGUUGUGUGAGCAGCUGGACAUCACCUACACUUUCCCUCCAGAGUACUACAGACGGGUGACCCGCCGCUGGCUGGCCAAGAAGGCUUUAUGCAAAAAGGUCUAUGAGGCAGUGAAGAAGCAGAAAGCUGAGCAGAGGCUGAAGAUGAAGCAACGUUUGGCCUCACAACAGAGAUGAGCUCUUUAGAUCCUGGAAGAGACACAGCAACUGUGGAUAAAUGGCUCCUUUUUUCAUGUUAAAAUCAGAGAAUAAUGUUUUCUUUUUGCUUCCAAGGUGAUGUCAGAAUAUAAUGGAAAAUAAAAUGUCUCAAAACGUUGGUUUCGAAUGUACUUCUAUGACUCUGUUUUACUUUAUUUGCCACUUUA